UUAAAUGACGGGAAAGUGGGAAGGGCAAAACACUGUGAGUAAAAACUGAAAAGGAGAAGAACGAAAAAAGACAAGCUUUAAAGGAUGCAAGGUAAUGAAUCAACAAGGUUAGUAUGUUCAAUUUUAGCAAUGGAUCAAUCUUGUUUCUCUUAUAAAGUUUGUCGUUUUUGCGAAACGCCUGUCCCUGAUGACAAGCCGGCCGAGUUUAUCUGCAACAAUCGCAAAUGCGCCGGUCGCCGGCGCAGUUCUAAGCGACUCUUCCGCUUACUCUUUUCAAUUGGAACGGAGACAAGGGUUAUGAAUGUUGUAGCUUUUGAUAGGGCUGCACAAGUCAUCUUUGGUUGUUCAGCUCAGGAAUUCUUUGAUUUUUCAAUUCUGCACCCUUGUGCUGUUAAAAUAGCUAGUAAAGUAUUGGUGGGAGAAUUAUUGAAGGUGACAUUGAACACACCAAAAAGGUGCAAAGCAGAACAUCUUCGUAUGACAAACAUCGUUCCAAUGAGUAGCGAUUUUGAACCAGUGAUUGAGACCCUGAGAAAAGUUGAUUGGAGUUAAAGUUUCUUAUGUCAUAUUGUUGAUUCAGCCGGUAAAGGAGAUUUUGUGAAGGUUCUCUUUUUGGGUAUAUUUUGUGGGUUCAAUCCAAAGGAAUAUUGUGGAGCUUGUAUCUUUUUGUUUUCAAUGUUUAGCAGUGGUUAAAUGAAGUUUUCUAGUUGAAAUUAA